CCUCUUCACUCUGAUUGGUGGAGGUCCACCGAGGUCAAAGUUUUACUUCCGCGUGGCUCAGCUAACAUGGCGGAUAAAGACAAGAAGAAGAAGGAGAGUAUAUUUGACUUGUCAAAAUACAUCGACAAGCCCAUUCGGGUCAAGUUUCAAGGAGGACGAGAAGCGAGCGGUGUUCUGAAAGGGUUUGACCCAUUGCUGAACCUGGUAUUGGACGGUACCAUCGAGUAUAUGCGAGAUCCUGAUGACCAGCUAAAGCUAACAGAAGACACCAGGCAGCUGGGGCUGGUGGUCUGCAGAGGCACGUCGGUGGUGCUCAUCUGUCCCCAGGACGGCAUGGAGGCUAUUCCCAAUCCUUUCAUACAGCAGCAGGAUGGCUAACAUGCACUUUGUAUACACACAUACAUGCACACAUCUGGAUAUUUUGGACAUUUUUUGUUGUUUUCUCGUGUAAAAUCAUAGUAGCUGCAAUGCCUACACGAGAAUGUAUUUUUGUUUGAAAUAUUCACACAUUAGUCAGAACUUCACUUUGUGAUGUGUGUUUUUUUAAGUUGAGGCUUGGAAAGUGUUAUCAGGAAUGUUUUCCCUUUUCCUUGUUUUUGAUAAGAAAUAAAACUGUUUUGAGUUUUGUACUUUUGUGCACUUCUAUUUUAAAUGCACAGUCCUGAAUGAUGCCAAAAGGCAUUGAAGUACGCACUCACGGGACACAGUAUGUUUAUUAUGGUGUUUGUAGUUUGCAUCACAGUGACAGCUCUUUUUAAUAUUUUUGUUACCUUUUUAGCUAAAUCAUGGUCAAAAUGGAAGGUAACCACACACGGUAUGGUGCAGUGGAGUAAAGGAAAAGUGCACUUUUUUGGGAAGGGAAUUUUGCCUGUCUUCCACAAUCCUUAUGUGAGCGUUUUAAAGAUAUAAAAACAGAUAAAAGAGGCAGGUAAUUAAUGCACAUAAUGGGACACCUACUAUUAAAACACAUCCAACAAGAUUUUAUGGUUUUCUGUUCAUGAUAAUAUGUAAUACUUGUAUUUUGCGUAUUUUGGCCAUUUGUGCGUUGAUUUCACAUAGCAGCAUUGAAAGAAACGCUACACUUGGCGUUAACUUUCCCAAACUUAAAAACAAAAGCAGUAGCACUGGUGGAUGCUUCAAUAUGCCUGAGGCACUGUGAGUGAGCAUGUGGAGAAGCUAGUAGCUAGCGGGCUAGUAGCUAGCCGGUGUGGUGUGGCGAGGUAUCACUAUGCCAGUCAC